UCUUCCGCUCUCACAUCAAACAUUGUAACAGCAAUGGCUUCCACCGCCAGAACGCUAGCACACCUCCGUCGUAGUUCCGCUGCCGCCACUAGUAGCAGAGGGAGCUACGCUUACUUCCUCAUAUCCAAGCCGUUUACUUCCGCCGCCGCUUCCGCUGCAUCAUCUGAUUCCGACCAAACACUCUCUUCCUCUUCGGGAUCAAAGGGAAAAGGAUCUAGAUGGUUGCUGUUUCUACCUGGAGCAAUCACUUUUGGCCUUGGGACUUGGCAGAUUUUUAGGAGACAAGAUAAAAUUAAAUUGUUGGAAUAUAGAGAGAAGAGGCUGGAAAUGGAACCUUUACAAUUCCACAGUUAUCCUUCAACUCAGGAAUUGGACACUCUGGAAUUUAGGAAGGUGGUAUGCAAAGGAGUUUUUGAUGAUAAAAAAUCAAUCUUUGUAGGACCCCGCUCAAGAAGCAUUUCAGGAGUUACUGAAAAUGGCUACUAUGUUAUAACACCUCUUAUGCCAGUUGAGAAUCAUCCAGACAGUGUCACUUUUCCCAUUCUUGUUAACAGAGGAUGGGUUCCUCGUAGUUGGAAAGACAAAUUUGUAGAGGCUACACUAGAUGAAAAGUUCCCGAAUGCAGUUCCUUCUCCUUCACAGGAUGAUGGAACUACAUCUUGGAGGAGGUUUUGGUCUAAAAAGCCCAUCGUUGCGGAGGAUCACACCCCUUCUGUUACACCGAAAGAAGUAGUUGGCAUAGUUCGUGGAAGUGAAAAACCAAGCAUAUUUGUCCCGGCAAAUGAUCCUGAAUCUUCCCAGUGGUUCUAUGUCGAUGUUCCUGCCAUUGCGCGUGCUUGUGGUCUUCCUGAAAAUACUAUCUAUAUUGAAGAUGCUAAUGAAAAUGUGAAUCCAAGUAAUCCUUACCCUAUUCCCAAGGAUGUCAAUACCUUAAUUCGAAGUUCAGUAAUGCCUCAAGACCACCUGAACUACACAUUGACAUGGUAUUCUCUUUCUGCAGCAGUUACUUUUAUGGCUUUUAAGAGGCUCAAACCAAGAAAAAAGCAAAGAUAGCAAAGUCAUCACCGUCACAUAGCUGAGUCUAUUGACGCAUUUAACCUCGAUCUGAUAUGGGAUCAUCUUUACUUGAAGUAUUGUCUUCCAUUUCUCCAUCCUAACUAUCAAAAAUCAUUUUCAAGCUACCCUAAACUAUUCAAGUGAGGUCUUCUAAAAAAGUUAAGGCUAUCCCGGCCAUAAUAACAUUGCAGGAAUGAAAAAUGGGGUGAUUUUCUUGUGAGCAAAGAUAAAAUACUUGUUUUUUUUUUAUACAAGGGGGAUGAGUAUGUUGAUAUUUAUUAGUUAAAUGAUCAAAUUUUUGUUACAAAAGAAAUUAUUGAUGGUAGUUGUGUGAAGUCAUGAAUAUAUCUUUUGAUUUGUAAUAGGAAGCUUUGGAAGUCAUGAAUAUGCCACAUUUUGUUGACACAUUGAUUGUUCACCUUAUUUCAAUAAAGGAGGUAAAAUCAUGUCUACAAUUCCACACACAGAUU